CACAGAAACCCAGAUGCAACUCGAUGCUUGACGGCCUCAAAGUAACACACUUCAAUGUGAUCAAAUGACAAACAAGAAGGCGCGAGCUGUGCUAAUUUCCAUGUGUUUGUGUGCAGGCAACAACCCCCUCUGAAAUUUUGUAACUAGAGACAUCUCAACCACCUCUUUAUCAGCUGCUCCCAUCAUGGUGUAUGGACAGAUCCUUCGACCGUACGGCCCUGACGAUCGCUGCAUCACCGUCAACGUCGGUGGUUUCAGGCAACGGAUGGAGCACAAAGUUCUAAAACGAUUCCCGCAGACUCGUCUGGGUCGCCUCCUCUGCUGCAGCUCCAGCGAAGCGAUCCUGGAGCUCUGCGACGACUUCAGUCCCUCUGAGAUGGAGUACUACUUUGACCGGAAUCCCCGAUUCUUCUGCUACGUUCUCAACUUUUACCUCACUGGGAAAAUGCACUUGGUGGACGGAUUGUGCAUACUCUCGUUUUUUCAAGAGAUCGAGUAUUGGGGCAUCAAGGAGCGCCACUUGGACACCUGCUGCACAAACAAAUUCUAUGAACUGAUGGAGCAGGCUGAGGAUAAGAGCUGGGAUCAGGGGAGUAAUGAUGUGCAGUUCCAAGGCUCGGACUUAUCCAUCGAUUCGUUGUCGGUGUCAGAGGACGACAGGGAACUGUUCGAGGGUUCCUGGUGUGCAGAUGUUCGCAGGAAUAUUUGGAUCCGGCUCGAGAAUCCGGGUUACUCCACUUCAGCCAAAGUGUUGGCUGUAGUUUCCCUAAGUGUUGUCAUCGUCUCUAUUGUUGCUAUGUGUGUCCACAGUAUGCCAGACCCCGAUAAAAUGGAUCCCAACGAGAAGAAGAUUGAGAACCCGGUGUUGACCUUCUUUGAGACCAUCUGCGUUCUCUACUUCUCGGCAGAGUUUGUUCUUCGUUUAGUUGUAGCACCAUCCGCUAGGAAGUUCCUUUGCAACACUCUCAAUAUCAUCGACUUGAUAUCAGUCAUGCCAUUCUACGUCACCUUAGCCUGUGACGUAAUGGAUGAAGGUGAGAACAACGAACUGGAGAAUGUGGGCAAAGUGGUUCAGAUCUUGAGGUUGAUGCGAGUGUUUCGCAUCCUGAAACUGGCUCGGCACUCGGCCGGUCUUCGCUCUCUCGGUGCGACGCUGCAACACAGCUCCAACGAACUCGGACAGCUGCUGCUCUUCCUGUCUGUUGGCAUUUCCACAUUUUCUGUUCUUAUUUACUUUGUGGAGAGAGAAUCUCAGGAGUCAGAGCUGCAGUCUAUCCCCAUUGGCUGGUGGUGGGCUACCAUUAGCAUGACUACGGUGGGCUACGGGGACACCUUUCCUGUCACGCUUGCAGGAAAGAUCAUAGGAUCCCUGUGCAUCGUCUGUGGGCUGCUGAUUGUGGCUUUGCCCAUUACCAACAUCUUCAACAAGUUCUCCAAGUAUUACCAGAGGCAGAAGCACAUAGAGCACAGACAGAGCAUGAACUGAAUUAUCUUCAUGAGUUACAGGAGUUUCAAAACUAUUAACCAACCCUGAACUCAUUCUUUUAGAAGAAGAACCCCUUACCCAACACAUGAACAGGGUCAAUGGAUUAGCUGCACCUAUGGUAUUGUUUUAAAUGUGACUAAAAUCAAGGCGGGCUGAGUAAUCAAAGUCAAGCAAAUCCCUUUUAUUAUAUUGGGAAAUGUUUGCCAAUGCUAAACAUGUAGCUUACCUGAUCUUAAGUGUAUUAAACCUUAACAAAGACGAGAGGGGAAACGGGAAGUGUUUGCUUGCCAAACACUAAAAUACUUUUUCAACAUAUUUCCUUGUUGCUGAUGAAUUUUAAUGACGGAGUAAAAUCAUGAGAAACUUGCUGGAAUUUGGUUGAACAAUUUACAAGUUUGUGCUGACUGCGAAGAUGACUCUGCAUUCUGUGAUUUGUAAUGUCCUCUUUCUGAUCUCAUUUCCAUUCCUGCCAUGCCGUUACAUCAUGCUUUCCAUCCAUGCAUCUCUUUCUCGUGUCGCUGCUGUAUUUGAUGUCAAAAGGCUUUUACCUGCUCAAUCCAAUGGAAAGGAUUCUUUCUGUUUUGUUUGGUCAUCAGUGUCGUGAUUAAUAAAUCAAUGUGCCCGGCUCCACAAUUAGUUAAAAGUCAAUAAAAACCCUCACA